CUCAGCAAACAUUCCCAGCGUUCCUCAUUGUCACAGCCAGUGUCAGCCGUCAACGACAGUCCCCCCCCUCAACUGGGCCCCACUACUUUCUCUCUCUCUCUCUCUCUUUGAUACCCUCUCCGAGUAAAGUUCUUUUAUCCUAUAUUCUCUUAUAUCUUCGUAACCCAUCCUUGGGCUACAGGCGCUGGGUCCGCUCUCCUUAUCCCAAUCUCACCCUACACCUAACUUCCGUCCCAACGCCCUUCCAAACUCAAGAGCUCUCAACUUCCUAUCCUGAACAACCAUCAUGUCAUAUUCUGACCAACCCGGCUCACCUGGAAGCAUGUCAGGACGCCGCCUUACGAACAGGAAUACCAAUCGCUACAGUGUCACCGCCCUGUUCAGUAUGGCGGCGGAACAGGACGUUGAAGUAGAAGACGAUUUGGCAAGAGCGCAAAAGCGUCUUCGAGAUCUCAAGGGCAAAAUCUCCGCCCAGUCUAAAAAGAAUUUUGUCUUAGAGCGAGAUGUUCGUUAUCUGGACUCACGAAUCGCGCUUCUGAUCCAGAACCGUAUGGCACUAGAUGAGCAACGAGAGGUCGAGCGAACCCUCGAGGAGGUGGAUCCGACGGAAGGUCAUUUCCCUGAUGACCGCAAGAUGCAGCAAUACUCCAAUCUUUUUUUCCUUCUUCAAUCCGAACCCAAACAUAUCGCUGCCCUAUGCCGGCUUGUCAGUCUUUCCGAAAUUGACACUCUCCUUCAGACUGUCAUGUUCACGCUUUACGGAAACCAAUAUGAAAGUCGAGAAGAGCACCUUUUACUUACAAUGUUUCAGUCCGUCCUUUCAACCCAGUUUGAGACUGCAACAGAGUUCGGCUCUCUUCUUCGUGCCAAUACCCCUGUAUCCCGCAUGAUGACGACUUACACACGACGUGGACCUGGACAAAGCUAUCUCAAGAGUGUUUUGGCGGAGCGUAUCAACAGCUUGAUUGAACACAAAGAUCUGAAUCUUGAGAUCAACCCCGUGAAGGUUUACGAACAAAUGAUCAAUCAAAUCGAAGAGGAAACAGGAUCCCUUCCGCCUACACUUCCUCGAGGUGUCGCACCUGAAGUUGCUGCCGAGAACCUCGAUGUGCAGACGAUAAUUGCCCCUCGAUUGACGAUGUUGAUGGAGAUCGCCAAUAGUUUCCUCGUAACAAUCAUUGAAAGCCUGGAGAGUGUUCCCUACGGUAUCAGAUGGAUAUGCAAACAGAUUCGAAGUCUGACAAGGCGUAAAUACCCUGAAGCAACGGACUACGCGAUUUGCUCGCUUAUUGGUGGUUUCUUCUUCCUCCGGUUCAUCAAUCCUGCUAUUGUGACACCCCAGGCGUAUAUGUUGGUCGAAGGCGUGCCCGCGAAACACCCACGGCGUACUCUCACUCUUAUCGCGAAAAUGUUACAGAAUCUUGCCAACAAACCAUCUUACUCGAAAGAAGCAUACAUGAUCACUCUCAACCCCUUUGUUGAGAACAACAAGGCUCGGAUCAAUCAAUUUUUGAAUAGCCUAUGUGAAGUUGGGGACUUCUAUGAAUCGCUUGAAAUGGAUCAAUACAUGGCGUUGUCCAAAAAAGAUCUCAUGAUUCACAUCACACUGAACGAGUUGUACAACACGCAUUCAUUAAUCCUCCAACACGUUGAGACAUUGUCACCGAGCGACAAGCAACACUUACGUAUCCUAACGGACGAGCUUGGCCCCGCCCCACCCCAGGUUCCCCGAAAGGAAAACAGGACCAUCGAACUUCCGUUGUAUAGUCGUUGGGAAACACCGGUUCAAGAUAUCCAGAGUGCCUUGAUGGACUCGGUAUCCUCCAGUGAUAUGCUCUAUAUGGAAACGAAGUCCAUCUUCGUGCAGCUCAUUCGUUCGAUACCCAAUGCCACAGAGAAACGACCUUACAACUUGGCUACCAUCGCGGAGCGAGCGGCGACAACUAAAGAUGCUACGCUAGUGCGCAAAGGGAUCAAAGUCAAGGAGAUGCUUCGCGAAUUAGAGGAGCAAAAGAUUGUUGAUCAGGCGGAUGGAUACAAAUUGAUGCAGGAGGAGGUCGCUGCCGAAAUACUUCAUUUAGGCAAUCUCCGAGAGAAAGUUGUGCUAGAGACUAAGUCCUUGGAUGCUGUUUACAAAACCAUCUGUGAUCACAACAACUAUCUGCGGUCGCAGUUGGAGCAAUACAAGGCCUACCUACAGAAUGUUCGUUUAACGGCUUCGAAAGACAAGGGUAGCACAACCGGCGUGGGUGUUGUAACGUUCAAUGGAAAGGACAAGAAGCCUGCCAAGUCCGUCGUACUUGGCCCCUAUCGCUUCACGCAUGCCCAACUCGAGAAGGAAGGUAUCAUCGUCGAGAGCAACGUUCCUGACAAUAGACGUCCAAACAUCUAUUUCAACAUUACAUCCCCAACCCCGGGUACUUUCAUUAUUGCCUUACAUUACAAGGGACGAGAGCGUGCAAUCUUAGAGAUGGACCUAAAGAUUGAUGAUCUUCUUGAAAAGCAAAAAGAUAACAAACAUCUUCUUGAUCUUGAGUACGUUCAACUGAACGUACCGAAAGUGCUUGGUCUACUGAAGAAAGUCUUCGCCAAGCGGUGAACUUCUGUACCUUGAUUAUUCGUCUAUGUAUUACUUUUCCAUGAACUAUCCUUAAUUUCCUUUUUUUUUGUUUCUCCCUCCUUUCAUUGUUUGAGUCUUCUCCCGUACUCACUUGCAUCUCGGCUACCUACGUCUUUCGUUUUCUCAGAUGUAUUAUUACCGUCUGUAGUACCCUGC